GCGCGACACGAUCCGCAAUUCGCAAAUCGAAUCGAUGAUGAUGAGUCACGAACGAAGACGCAGGGGAAGGAGGACAACAACAAGCAACAGCGGAGAUGGUGGGGAGGAUGAGGAUGAGUUUGAGGUGAUUGAUGCGGCGGAAGCAGGCAGGCUGGGGGAUGGUUGCCAUGAGGGAACUGAGGGAACAGCCCAAACAAUCACAAAGGUUCAUUGGCAAGCGCCAACUGACACGGACAAGUGCCGCGCGUGUGGUGCCGGGUUUGAUCUCAUCGACAGAAGACACUGGUGUCGCCGGUGUGGCCACAUUCAUUGUAAGCGUUGCAUGAGACAACAGCGCAAGCUUGACAUCCGCGCCCGCCCAGACCCAAUCUCAGGAACGCACCAGCCCGUGUGCUUUCAGUGCUACUUGGAAGAGCCAGAGCAAGGCGUGGGCCCAGUCACGGACCACACCACACGAUUUCAGCAGCUCAGACAACGGCAUUUGAAGCGUCGCGAUGAGCACAUCCGACGGGCAGCCACCAACUUGUGUCGGGCGUGUACAGAAGCAUCUCCAGCCAUGUCAACGCUCAGUACAGCCCUCGGCUAUGAUCCAAGCUGGACAAAGGUCAAUUUCUGUGCUGCGGCUGUCGCCAAGAAUGCACGUGGCUGCCCCGGUUGUUCACGGGAAUUCGGCCUGCUUCUCCGGAAACACCACUGCAGGCUUUGUGGACAAAUAUUCUGUGACAAGUGCUUGUUUCGAAGCGUUGAGGUGUUUAAGACGGAGGACGGGAAGGUCAAAGUGGAUGUGCUGCAUCCAGAGUACGAGCGCAACAACAGCAUGACGCUGCUUGGUUGCGAGCGCUGCUUGUACUUGCUGGAGGUGGCGACAAAGCUGGACAAGCGCCUCGAACACAGCGUGUCUCGCUCUCUCUCCAAUGGUGAUACUGUCAAGCCGGAAACACUCGCCCGUGUCAAGACUAUCCCGCCAUCCCCAGCCUUUGAGAAGAUCAUACAAAUGUACCCCGAGCUGAUGCAGCUUCGCAAUCGCAUCACCACCGCCCUCGCCCGCUUCCAGGAGGACACGCAUUUGUUGGCGACGGGAAAAGGAAUUGCCGGUGCAUCUGGCAUCACCAAAACCAUCAGCAAACACCACAGUGACCUCGACAAGCUCUUCCAGAACUUGCUCGUCACCCUGCAAAAGUUGAAGCGGGUGGCUGGGCGGCGCAUGCGUCCUGUGGAAGCGAAAAUCACCAAAGGCGUCGUGUCCAACAUGCUCAGCGCAUACACAGCGCACAUUGGCACGUACCGCAGGAACCGCGCUGUUGUGGCCGAGUUCUUGCCCGAUGAAGUGCUGGUCGCCAUCCGUGUUGCUGUCGACUUUGAGGCUGUCAAAAACACGCUCAUCUUGCUCAGGCAGCUUGCGCUCGAAAGCGUCAUUUUUCCUGCUCUGGAACCACUUGCCAUGCAGUUUUCUCCUUUACUGGACACGCUUCAGGGGCGUGUGACGACACUGCACACGCAGACAUACGCGAACAGCGGGCCAUCCAUUGAAGACACCCUCAGCACCAUCGAGGCCUUGAUCAAGGAACUCAUCAAGGAGCGACCCUUGCUUGGACACCUUGCCUCGCAGCCAGACUGGCCGUUACGUGCAUUGCCUGCUUGGGACACCACGUUCGACCAAGUGCUAUCCAGCCUCGACACCCGCGCCAGCCUAGAGGAGUCAGACACGCUGAGAGGCGAAUUGACUGCGCUGCGCGAUGAAGGCAGGAGGCUUCUGCUCGCACUCGGGCACCGCGUCUCCCGCCAAGCGAGUCUAAGUGAUGUUGACGACAGCUGGGUGGUCAUUUAGCGCGCCGGAGCUGCUGUUGUCGUCCUGUGGUUGUUUAAUCCUUCCCCCCUUUCUUGCUUGCAGACACCAUGCGUGUGUGCUUGUACUGUUCUUUUAUCCUUCUGGCUGGUUCUCUGCCCCAUCCGACCCCCUCUCCCUCGCUUUUGGUUUGCUCCACUGCAGUGUGGUGACGUGUUCCACUGUGCCCUGCUGAGCGUUGCUGCGUUACUUCCAUUUUACAUUAAUCGACCGUUGUGACCGCUAGCAUGUGGUGUCACCUUCGCACGCCCAACCACAUGCACAUACACACAUACACACAUGCACACAUCCAUGCACA